CUAUGGGAGGGGUCCUUGUAGACCUGCCUCUGCCCUGUGCCUGCAGAGCACCUGGCACUUCUGUGUGGCAGACGGGCCACACCAAAGCCAUGUUAGCUUCGACAUCCGAGAGCCAGCAAGGUGGAGUGGUUCUCACCAGUUCCUCUGUAGGUCCUGGUGCAGAGGGCGGGCCCAACACAGGAGCCGGCUAAAGCUGGAGAGUGUCCACUCCUCCUCCCGUUCUUUCUCCUCCUCUCAGUACACCUUGUUCCGGGAGGGUGCUUUCUGGGAGGUGUUUGUUUAACUGAUAUGUUUAACACUAAAGUGUGAGUGACAGGCUUAACUUAUCCCAGAGGCAUUUGUACCUCAAAAGAGUAGUUUCUUCACUGAAGUGGAACCUCAGGUUGGUGAAGGGACUGAGGAAGCUGAGGAUGAGGCUGGCUGCUGAGGUGCUAUUUACCUGAUAGUGAUGACGAUGAUGGCAGCUUGAGCCAAACUCUUCCUUCCCAUUAAAUAUCAAAGAGGUAAAAAUUACCUUAAUCACAGCACAAGAUAUAUCCAUUCCCUUACUCUAUUUCCACAGUUAUUCUUCAAGGUUGGUAGGGGGGCUUAAUAUUCUCAGGGUAUCCAGUCUCAGCGGGGCCUCAGCCAACCUUUGUUUGUGUCCACCCCCAUCCGUGAGUAUCCCCUACCUCUCAUGUCUCAGAUGCCCCGGAGUAUCGCCAGCCUUCUCUACUGAGAUGUGUCGGGAUUUCCACGUCCCUUUCUGCUUCCCACAGAGGACACUCCCAUCACUCUACUAUGGGGUGAGGUUGUUAGGAUUUCAGAGUGAGAAGUAUCUUAGGGGCCAUUGGGUUCAUCACCCUCAUUUUGAGAUGCAGAAAGCUGAGUAAGCUGAGACCAGAGUCCAGGUGUUUGGGCUCCCCAUCUUUCCAGGAAAUUCUUUCUGGGUAACCAGACCACCUCACCUCCUGGGAGAGGAGUCUGCUCAGAUGCAGCUUGUGUAAAUACUAAGUCUCACUGUGCACACCGGCCCCUUCCUCCGUGGAGAACUUCCCCCUCAGCCUGCAUAAAUGCAGUCCAGGGACGGAGCUACCAGUAGGUCCACAUGCUGCUUCCUUUUGCAUGGAGGGUGGUUGGCAGCAGGCCACCCAAAAGCUGGCACCUCUCCUUGAGAGUGAUGUGUUUAUAGGGCAAACCCAGUUCUACGUUCAGUUAAAGUCGCAUCCACAGGGUUCCCUUUGACUACUCUCUCAAGGUCAAAGCUCUGAGGAGUCAUAAUGUAGGAAUCUGUGAAGCUCGUAUGUCUAUUUCUGGAAAAACUUUGAGUCCUUGUGUAUGUUGUGCUUCUUCCUGGCCCUCCUGCAGCGUUUCUGCAGACUCGAUUGGUUGGAUGAAUAGAUAAGUGUGUCCAGAUUUUUAGCAGAAGUCUGUACUUUACAAGCUAUAUAUACCAUAUCUGCAGUUCGUGUUUUCUCUGGUUCACGUACUGUAGAGAAAUCCCCCACUGAGAGGAAAUGAAUGGGGUUCCGCUCCUACAGGUCCCGUGGAAAGCAGCCAGAUGGGUCAUUCAGGCUUUGUUCACCUGUGUGUGCAGCCACGAAGUACAGCGAGGGAUAUUCCUGGGGCCCAAAGUGAUCCAGACUUCUGCAGCCAAUUUUUCACUAAAUAGCAAAAAGCUAAAGCCAAUUCAAAUACUUUCAAAUCCACUGUCCACGUAUAAUCAGCAGCUGUGGCUGACGUGUGUCGUUGAGUUGAAUCAAUCGAAAGAAACUUCUUUUCAGAUGAGCUUUCCCAUGACUGUUAAAGUAGAUGGUGUAGCUCAAGAUGGAACCGUAAUGUUCAUUCAUAACAAAGUUCACAAUCGGACCAGGACCCUCACGUGUGCAGGGAAAUGUGCAGAAAUUAUCGUGGCUCACCUUGGCUACCUGAAUUACACACAGUAUACAGUGACUGUGGCAUUCGAACACCUGAAGUUGAGCAUCAAGGAGAUAAACUUCACAUGGAAGACUUACGACCCUAAGUUUUCCCAGUUGGAAAUCUGGUUUCGAUUUGUCUUUGUGGUGCUGACCUUCAUCGUCACCUGCCUGUUUGCACACUCCCUGCGGAAGUUUUCCAUGAGAGACUGGGGGAUCGAGCAGAAGUGGAUGUCCAUUCUGCUGCCUCUGCUGCUUCUCUACAAUGACCCCUUCUUCCCCCUGUCCUUCCUGGUGAACAGCUGGCUCCCGGGCAUGCUGGACGACCUUUUCCAGUCACUGUUCCUGUGCGCCCUGCUCCUCUUCUGGCUCUGUGUGUACCACGGCAUCCGGGUGCAGGGAGAAAGAAAGUGUUUAACUUUCUAUUUGCCUAAGUUCUUUAUUGUCGGACUGUUGUGGUUGGCUUCUGUGACGCUCGGAAUAUGGCAAACAGUUAAUGAAUUACAUGAUCCAAUGUACCAGUAUCGAGUUGACACAGGAAAUUUUCAGGGAAUGAAAAUUUUCUUCAUGGCAGUGGCAGCUGUGUAUAUUUUAUACCUUCUGUUCUUGAUCGUGCGGGCAUGUUCCGAGCUCCGCCACAUGCCUUACGUCGAUCUCAGGUUAAAAUUUUUGACUGCAUUGACCUUUGUAGUGCUUGUCAUUAGCAUUGUCAUCCUGUAUUUAAGGUUUGGAGCACAAGUAUUACAAGACAAUUUUGUAGCUGAACUGUCGACUCAUUACCAGAAUUCAGCUGAAUUCUUAUCUUUCUACGGCUUGUUGAACUUUUAUCUCUACACUUUGGCCUUUGUGUAUUCUCCUUCCAAGAAUGCUCUGUACGAAUCCCAGCUGAAGGACAACCCUGCCUUCUCCAUGCUGAACGAUUCUGAUGACGAUGUAAUCUAUGGGAGCGACUAUGAAGAAAUGCCUCUGCAGAACGGCCAGGCCAUUCGGGCCAAGUACAAGGAGGAGUCGGACAGUGACUGAGCCAUGGCGGGCGGCAGGCCCCAGGGACCUGGGUUUCCUGCAGCAACCACAGCCUGGCCUGCCCCGUACCUGCUUCUACUCAGACAUCCUCUAUGAGCAAGAUUUCCCUUUCCUUAUUUGUUUACAUAUUUUAAAAAGGAAAACCAAAACUGAGGGCCAAUUUAAAUGUUGGGCCAAAUUUAUUGUCAGAGUGGCUACAUUAUUUAGGGAGCGAGAUGCUGAUAAAAAAUUUAAACGGCCACAUCUUUUUUCCUAAAGACUUCGGAUGGAAGGGAGCCUGUUUUCCGUGGUGCAUGGUGGGGGAAACCCCAUUUUUAGGAGGAAGAAUUAUGUGCAUUUCGUUUUGAUGAUUGACUAGUUCCGAGUUCCUGGGGAGCACUUGUGAAUGGGGUCUGCAGGUGGGAGCAUGGCUUCUCCCCACCGUGCAGCUGAGAGGGAAACCUGUGUCUGUGGCUUCCUCAUGGGGACAGUCCUUCCCCGCGAGCUUCAGUGCCCUGGGCAGCCAUGCGCCUGAGAUAAGUUAGCUUCGGGAGAGGAAGUGAUUUGUUCAGGUUCUCAGAGCCCAGCUCUUCCUGGCUCCCAUCCUUUCUCCAGGGCAGCAUUUCACCUCCCCAGGCUGAUGGCAUUGACCGUUGUGUACAAAACCUAAGUUAGGGCUUGUCAGGGGAGUGGUAGGAUAGGCAGGUUCUAGCCCUUCACCUUCACCAGAGCAGAAGUCGGCUGUGGAGUUCUGCUGAGGGUGUGACUCGUUACCAGAGAAAGGCUGAGAUGCUUGGAAGUUGCACGCUCGUGGGCAAGGUAUUGCUGCCAUGCAGUCUUUCAGGGGCCCAUGUGUGCACAGGCACAUGUAUGCAUGUGUGUCUGUACAUACAUAUGAAUGGAUGUCCCUGUGACUGGGGUGGGGAAGAGGCUAACAGUUACAUUUCUAAUAAAUGGUAGUUUCUGCAACUCUGUUAAAAAUGAUACCCCAUGGAGCUUUAUUUAAAAAAAAAACAAACAGAUGAUUGAUAUAAUAUUCUUUAUUGCCCAGAAUUUUCCAUUUCAUAUUUGGAAACUAGAUGAAAACAAAGUGGAACAUUUUAAACAGCUUCUGGAAAACUCCGGAUAGCAGGUAGACUGCUGGGAAGGCAUUCCCCUGCCAUUCAUUUCCCACCUGGUGGUCAGGUAAACAGAUGACUGGCUCUGGCAAAAAGCUGUCUCUGGUGUUGCUGAAUCUGUGGCAUCAUAGAAGGCCCCGGAGAGUCUCCAGGUCCUCUUUGUCAACGACUGAACGGAAGAGUCUGGCGCAGGUGUCUCCUUUGCUUCUCCUUGGACAUGCACAGCACUGUCUGCAGCUCUUAGUGUACUGUAACUUGGAAACAUUCUUAAUGCUGCCAUCUUGGCAGACACACCAGUGCAGGAUGUUUGUCCCACUCUGCAAACAGCACCCACGUUUUCCUCGCCCUCGCAUUAACUGCUCAGCCACCACUCGUGGCUAAAAGCUGUGUCCUGCUUGAGGCGGUGCUGGGACCUUUGAGAUGACCACGUGAGACAAUUCAUCGUGACACCUCAGUAUCAUUCUUCUUAAACUUCAAUUAAAUGGACCUUUAAUGUGAACUCCACCUAUAUUUGUUUGAAGAAAAACCUUGUAAAUACGGAUGUUUGGAUUAAAGCUGUAUUAUCGCCAGGGUAAUUCAAGUUUACAGUUUCUACACUUCCAACGGUAUGAUUACUUUUUUUGAUUCUGUGUACUUGGAGGAAUUGGAGAAAAAAAAUUUUGUUAUCGAAUUUUACAACUUCUGAGAUUACUCCUACUAUAAUUUCAUGUAUAUGAAUGACGACUUGUGCUGAUUAAUGUAUUGUAGUGUGUGAUAUACACGUUUUAAUUAUUAUAAAUAAUUGUCCUUUAUGAUUUGGAAUGCUGUUAUUUAUCAGUAAAUGUAAAAUAUUUGAGGCAUUUAGUCGUACACAUUAGAGCUCUUAAAAAAUUGUCUUUGUCCUACAGUGUAAUUUUCGACUGACGACUGCUGUCUUCAGACACUGAUUCUGCACGGCAUCGAGUCAAUGAAAGGAGCAAUACAGGAGUAUUUAUUUACUUUUGUAACAAAGCUGGAAACACACAUGACAGAGAAAGCACUUCAGGGGAAAAGGGUUCUUGAUUAAAUCAUGCAUUUUUGCUUUGUAUUCUCUAGCGUAUCAUAUGUAUUUUACAUACUCCAUGGGUAAAUUUCCUUAAAACAUGGAGCAUUUAGCAUGGAGAAUAUGUGCAAUAAUUAGGUUAAGACACUAAAGUCUGCCAGAAACACUUGACAGUAGCAAGAAAAAAAAAUUUCGGAGAUCAACAUUUGGCAAACUUCAAUCACACAAUUAAAGGACUGACUUUAGUUCUUUAGUGGUAACGGCCUAAGUAACAUCUUUGGGAUACUUUUUUUAUACUGGUCCAGUCUAGGGGAACCCUGGGAGAUGACCACGGGUACUUUUUCACAGUUCCCCUAGGGACAGUUUCAUUAUCCAUGUGGAUAGUAGGUCUGCUUGAUUUAUUAUUAAAUCAUUACAGCGGUAAAGUGAUGCAGUUUUCUGUCUUGUAAGCCCCUCUGAAGGCUAGAUAAGGGGAUACAGAAAAUAUAUCCAAUGUUAGGUUGUUACUGUACAGUUACAGACCGCAAUGAAAGUUUAGAUACUUGUGUGAACUCCAGAUGGGGCAGGGCCUGAGACAACUGUCAGCAGCCUUGAGUGGCCCAUGAAUUAUUUACUGGACAGUUACAUGAGACAAGUCGUCAUGUGGUCAGUGACUUUUUCCUGAGUCCCUUUCCCAGGGAAAAGCAUGGAAGCUCACAGAAGGGGCAUUUCUAUCCACAUGUGGUCAAGGCUAGACUUCAGCACUGAAGUAUAUAGGUGUAGUCUGAAGAUUUUAAAAACCAGUUGCCUUAUAGGUUAGACUGUUAAGGAAAACAACGCAAACUCUUUCCCAGGCCAAAGGGAAGUUGCUUUAGUUUGUGCCGUCUCGUCCUGUUUUAUCUCGAUUUGACAUGGUUUAGAUAUACUGGUAACUCUAAUACCAUACUAUGAAACACAGAAGGAUUUUCUGCUACUGAAAACUGCCUUUUUACAAAGACUGUAAAUACUUGUAAAAUAAAACGGAACACCAAACUUUAAGCUGAAAGGAAAGCUGGACUAUGUAUUCGAACACGGAGCUGUGCGGAGGGAGCGCAGGCCACCUGGUCACAACCAACCCUGUAACUGGGCAAAAGCAAGUAAAUGUCUGCUUAUGGCAAACUUCUGUUUUGGGAAUGGCUUCAUUUUGAGACUGCCUUUCUGGUAAACGUCAAUAAACUUUUAAUAUUCUGUCCUUA